AUGCUUUCAGCACUUAGAGCCCAAACAAGAGCCUGUGCGCUAUUACCGCGCAGAACUCUCCACGCCUCAUACAGAGCAUUCAACGAGACCCCUAAAAAAACUCCCGAGCCCGAAAACAGCCCGAAACAAGAUGACCUACAGCCCAAGAAAAGACCGCUCAGCAGAGUGCUGAUCGGCGGCUCCAAGGACCAAAACAAGAAGUUCUCGUCCAGCGGCUCCAUCGAGUUUGCGUCCUGGAAAUCCAUUCUCGUGUUGUUGGGUGUUGGUGGUGCAUUCACCUAUUGGUUCACUCAAGAGAAGGAAAGAUUGAGGCUCCAAAAGGAGGCAGAAAGUAAGCGUGGUGUGGGAAAGCCCCAUAUCGGAGGCCCCUUCAGUUUGAUCGACACCAAGUCGCAGCCAUUUACCCAGGAGAACUUGAAGAACGACAAGAAGAUGUUCUCCAUCAUCUACUUUGGCUUCACCCAUUGUCCCGAUGUUUGUCCUGACGAGUUGGAUAAAUUGGGUGAGAUUCUCGACGAGUUAAAGCAGAAAAACGACAUCACGUUGCAGCCCAUCUUCAUCACCUGUGAUCCUGCUAGAGACAGCCCCGAGAUCGUGGAACAGUACUUGCAAGACUUCCACCCCACCAUUGUAGGAUUGACCGGUACUUAUGAGGCCGUCAAGAACGUUUGCAAGAGGUUCCGUGUGUAUUUCUCCACGCCACCAGAUGUCAAGCCGGGUCAGGAUUACUUGGUGGACCACUCCAUCUUUUUCUACCUCAUGGACGCAGAGGGCAACUUUGUGGAUGUGAUUGGACGUGAGGUGACUGCGUCACAGGGCGCUGAGCGUAUCAGAAAGCAUGUCGAUGCGUUUGUGCCUGCUUCGGAGCGCGAAGCCCGUAAAUCCUCUUGGUUGGGCUUCCUCUACAAGUAA